GGCUGGAUUCGCCUAGCGCCGCACGUGUCCGCCUUGCCCGCAGCCCCCUCCCCAGCCCAGCCACCCCCAUCACAGACGUCGGUCGGCAGCCCAGCCAGCCAGCCAGCCAGCCAGCCGCAGCUCCCUCCGUCUCGCUCGCUCCGGAGCGCAACAGCACCACCAGCAGCAGCAGCCGCGACAGCAUCGGAGAGGCCAGGCGAGAUGAAGGCGCCUCUGGCCAUCCUCUUGGCCGCCUGCCUCUGCGUGGACGGCGUUUUCUCCCUGGUCUGUUGGUCGUGCGACGGAGUCGAAUCGAACUGGGGCUGCUGGAGAUGGCAAAUCUGUUCCAAUCAAGACAACUACUGCGUCACCACGUAUACCGGGGCUGGGUUUGGUGGAUAUUCCGGUCAGUCGAUCAGCAAGGGCUGCGUGCCGGUUUGCCCCCAAGGUGGGAUUGAUAUUGGCGUCGCGGCCAUGUCGAUCAAAUGCUGUUCCUCAUUUUUGUGCAACAUCAGCGGGGCCAACAGCAUCCAAGUCAACCACCUGGUAUUGGCCUUGGCGACGCUGGCCAGUUUUUUCUAUCUCUUUGGAUCCAGGCUCUGAGGGGUGCAUCGAGCGAGUAAACGUGGUCCAGAAAUUGUGUCUUGAGAGUGCCAUUCGACUGUUCCUCCUUUGUAAUCUGAGAUUUUACUAGGUUUAUGGAAUCACUUUUUUGGGGUGGGUGGGUUGUGUUUUCUAGCAUCGCUUGGGGUUAUCGGGCUAAAAAAAAAAAAGAGUAUCUUUGGGCCAUAAGUUCUCAAUUGGAUUUUUUUUAAGAAGCGUGGACAUCUAGGAGUUGGAAGUCCACCCAUCUUAACAUCAAUGAGAUCUAGAAACACAACUCUAUGCUGCUGUGGCAAGGUUUGAAAUCGUUACAGGGGCCUUAAAAUGUUUUUGCUUGGGGUGAGAAGAUAACGCAGCUUUGGAGGAAGGUCUAUUAUAUGCAAAUGUACUUUUGUCUGUUGCAUUCACUCUGUUAACAUUUGAACUCAUUAAAGUAUACUACAUUUUACACUUGUGCACGAUUAUGGAGCGGCGCCGUGGGAUUUUUGAAUGGAAUAAACAUUUUGAUUUCAUAACAAA